AACAAAACAUAAAAAAAAAAACCUCAAGUCUCACCGCCGCUCCAAACAGAUCUAAAACCACCUAAAUUCUCUUUUCUCUCUCCGAUCGAAACCAUGUCUGACGUCCCCGUCAAGCUCUGCCGUGAAACAGUAGUCAUCUGGGACUUGGAGGAAUGCCCGAUCCCAGAAGGUGUACAUGCUUCCGAUGUUUUUAGAAACGUGAAUAAGUCGCUUCAUCAGGGUAAGGGUUAUGUUAUAUUCAGGCCUUACUUGGACUUUUUUAAGUUCAUUGGUGAAAUUGGAGGUAGUACUGUGAAUCUUAUACACGUACCUUCAGAAGCUAAAGAUGAGAGACGUAAAAAGAUUUUAGUGGAAUUGUUAGGAGAGGCAGUCAGAUGCUAUUACACACCAGUAAACAUGAUGCUCAUCGUUGGAGACAUAUCGAAACAUCACCAGUUCAGAAGGCUCUCAUCUUUUUGAAAAAUCAGAAUCUCCACAAUGUUUUCUUGGCACUGCCUCAUCUUCCAUCAUCCAAGGACCUCCUUGAUACAGUAAGAGGGUUAUGGCUUUGGGAAACCCUAUCGCUGGGAGGACCUCCUCAUCUUUUCUCACCCUUUCCAAAUUUGGGCCGUACGACGCAUAUAGACUUCGACUUAUUCGGUAACAUCGUCACUAAGAACGCAGAGAAGACAUGUGUUUUCUGGGACGUCGUGGAUUGCCGGAUGCCUGAAGGUUACGGUGGUGUGAGGGAUGUUUCGCAGAACAUUAGACAGUCCCUUAAGAAAUCCGGUUACAAGGGUGAGGUAUCCAUCAAUGCUUAUGUGAAUCAGACCAAUGAUGAUUUUAACGAGUAUGCUUCUACCGACCCGGGAUUCAAGAUCAUACUUGCUCCACCAGGUUGUUAAUUCCUUGAAUCUCUUUUAAUACUCGCUUCUUCUUGAUAUCGAUCGGUUUAUAUAUAUUUUUUCAACUUAUGUGUGCUUCUUCUUGAUAUCGAUUGGUUUAUAUAUAUAUUUUCAGGAGAUAGAGAUGCUAGACUUGAGAUGCUUCUAGUGGACCUUCUAAUCUAGGCAAUUGAAAAUCGUCCACCUGCAAAUUUUAUGCUUAUCCUUGGGGACAUCUUCGUGGGAGAUGAUGGUUACAGGGAGUUCGUCAAGGCAUUUGUCACCUUGAAGGUUGAACGUUACAAGUGUCUCUUGGCACAGCCUCAAAAGUCUAUAGUGAUGGAUUAUGCGGUAACGAAAUGGCUUUGGAAAAGCCUAUCAACUGGAGGAGACCAUCUUGACGAUGCUGCCCUAAGUGAAAGUUCACAAGCGCUGGAAGAGACCAUCUUGAUGAUGCUGCCCAAAGCGAAAGUUCACAAGAUGUUGACAAUAAUACUUGUACGGUUACCGCUGGAGGAGACCAUCUUGAUGAUGCUGCCCUUAGUGAAAGUUCACAAGGUAUUGACAAUAAUAAUUGUAUGGUUAGCGCUGGAAGAGACCAUCUUGAUGCUGCUGCCCUAAGCAAAAUUAAGUUCACAAUGUAUUGACAAUAAUACUUGUACGGUUACCACUGGAGGAGACCAUCUUGAUGAUGCUGCCCUUAGUGAAAGUUCACAAGGUAUUGACAAUAAUAAUUGUAUGGUUAGCGCUGGAAGAGACCAUCUUGAUGCUGCUGCCCUAAGCAAAAUUAAGUUCACAAUGUAUUGACAAUAAUACUUGUACGGUUACCACUGGAGGAGACCAUCUUGAUGAUGCUGCCCUUAGUGAAAGUUCACAAGGUAUUGACAAUAAUAAUUGUAUGGUUAGCGCUGGAAGAGACCAUCUUGAUGCUGCUGCCCUAAGCAAAAUUAAGUUCACAAUGUAUUGACAAUAAUACUUGUACGGUUACCACUGGAGGAGACCAUCUUGAUGAUGCUGCCCUUAGUGAAAGUUCACAAGGUAUUGACAAUAAUAAUUGUAUGGUUAGCGCUGGAAGAGACCAUCUUGAUGCUGCUGCCCUAAGCAAAAUUAAGUUCACAAUGUAUUGACAAUAAUACUUGUACGGUUACCACUGGAGGAGACCAUCUUGAUGAUGCUGCCCUUAGUGAAAGUUCACAAGGUAUUGACAAUAAUAAUUGUAUGGUUAGCGCUGGAAGAGACCAUCUUGAUGCUGCUGCCCUAAGCAAAAGUAAUAAUACUUGUACGGUUACCGCUGGAGGAGACCAUCUUGAUGCUGCUGCCCAAAGCGAAAGUUCACAAGGUAUUGACAAUAAUACUUGUACGGUUAGCGUUGGGGGAGACCAUCUUGAUGCUGCCCAAAGCCAAAGUUCACAAGGCUUCUAUCCAAUACCUCCCUCGGUUAAUAAAAACACUGUGAAAGCCGCAACAAGCUCUUCUUGCCGUCCGAUAGAAACACGCUCUUCUUGCCGUCCUAUAGAAACCAUGUCUGAAUUCUCCGACACUAAGAAGACAUGUGUUUUCUGGGACGUUGUGGAUUGCCCGAUGCCUGAAGGUCACGGUGUUAGGGAUGUUUCGCAAAACAUUAGACAGUCACUAAAGAAAUCCGGUUACAACGGUGAGGUAUUCAUCAAGGCUUAUAUAAAGCAGACCAAUGAUGAUUUUAACGAGUAUGUUUCUACCGACCCCGGAUUCGAGCUCAUACAUGCUGAAGGAGAUAGAGUUGCUAGACUUGAGAUGCUUCUAGUGGACCUUCUAAUCUGGUCAAUUAAUAUUCGUUCACCUGCAAAUUAUAUGCUUAUCCUUGGGGACAUCUUCGUGGGAGAUGAUGAUGAUUACAGUGAGUUUGUCAAGGCAUUCGUCCGGUUGGAAUGUAGACAUUUCACAUGUCUCUUGGUACAGCCUCAAAAGUCAUUAGUCAUGAGAGAUUAUGUGGUAACAAAAUGGUGGCUUUGGAAAUACUUAUCAACUGGAGUUGACCAUCUUGUUGCUGCCCAAAGCGAAAGUUCACAAGGUGUUGACAAUACUUGUAGUGCAAGGUAGUUCAUAAGGUGUCUGUCUGUGCGUAGCCCUGAAGUCUAUCUAUGCAGAGAAAAAUUGUGGAGCUACUCAGGGUUAUUUCUUACUUUUGUUUCGAUGUCGGUCUCUUCUCGUCAUAGUUUCUCUUUCAUUUUAUUGCAUUAAAACUCGGUUUUGAAAGGCUGCUAUCCAAUAUCUCCCUCUCAUGAAAAUAUAUAGUCACAAUGGAAGAAAAUAUUGCAUGUGAAUGCAGAAUAAUAUAUU